CCAGGCAACGAUAUAAACAAUAUGGCGGACGUCUACUAAUUCAUGAAAUAUAUCGGGUGCUCGUUAUCUGUACAGGGGUCAUAAACCGUGAAAUUGAGCCUUUUGUUUUAUUUACACUUGUCCUUUUAAAAGAGAUAAUGACAGAGCUAUUGUUUACAUGAAGUGUAAAGAGAAAAUGAAUGAGACGUGAACUUAAAUGACCUUAAUUGGAGUUAAUUGAAAUUUAAUUGGAAUUUUGAUAGAUAAGGGCACCGAUAAAAUGGCUACGGGUAGUGCGUUGAAUUUGUCUUUACUUUCAAGAGGUGUCGGAGAGGUGACGAGGAACGGAUCUGAAAAAGUUGAUGUCAUUUUUGAACCCCAGGAUUAUUUCAAUUUUGUAGAAGAAUCUCAUGACAGACCUUUUUUCCUGCCACCAUUACAACCUAGAUAUGGUUUCACUCAGGAGCCAUCUCAAAUCUCAUCAAGGUAUAGUCAUAGCAAAGAUGCCGUCCAUUUACCGAAAACAUUCACCACUCGUAAAGGCGCGUUACUCUUGUUCUCUGAGGACAUGGCUCAUAAAACUAAAGCCAGCGAGGCGAAGAAACACAAACAUCAUCAUGGUCAUCAUAGCGAUAGGGAUAUGACAAUUUCAGAGCUAGAGGAAUCAAGCACCGACAGAGAUCUGAAAACUGUAGAUGAUCUCGCAAAAUCUAUCCUAGCUUAUGGAAGCAUUGAUGAAAGUGGGAACAUGAAUCUAAAGGUGAUGGCACAGAGGACAAAAAGGAGAAGGUACGACUAUGAACGUCAAAUAAGACCUGGGUUCUCCGCCAAAAGAUAUCUCUCCACUUGGACGAAAACUUGGGACGAUACAACACUAGAAAAAGUUAUCAGUAAAGGAUAUUUGACAGAGAAGUCAUUAUUUUAUUACAACCCACUUCUACCUCAUCUGUCACGAAGGUUAAAUGAUGACCUCUCACAUUACCCCACCCCCUACAAACUUAUGAGAAGUAUGCUGAUGUCACCUGGUAGUUUGUCAGGCUACACUUUCUACAGAGUGAGGCCGGAGUCACAAGAAACAGACUAUAUAGAUAUAUCUGAAGAUGAGGAAAUGAGAUCCCUCGUAAAAUCUCGCCAGGCUGGAUCUGUCAAGGUCGCUAGUGUGACAGCAGACGGUCAACUUAAAGAAGCUAUAUACGGACAGUUGGACAGACAGGCUCAGGCCGAGGUGUUGACUGACCUUCUGGUGAAAGGAGCCGUCCAUUAUGCCAUGAAAACCCAGCAGGAAUAUGUUGAAAGAAUUGUUGAGGAACCUGAAGAACUGUCUGACAGAAAAGUUGUGCCAAAAUUUGACAUGCGGGAUGCAGUAGAGUCCAUGCUACAAGCCAAUGAUCAGAAAGGAGUUCCGCAGCAAACGUUAGAUGCCGAAUUACCGGAACGUGAUGAUAGGUCGCAACAUUCUGGUUCAUUCAAGGGGAGCAAACUGGGAUCACAUCGUCUUCAUCCUAGGGAUAGAGGUCAAGGUGAAGGUCAGUGGCGGGAUGAUGCUUCCUCAGGUAGUUCAACAGGUGCUCCGGGGCCUCUACCUACAACACACGCCCCCUUGCCUCCCAUUGGUCAAACAUACACUCAGUUAACGCCCAUUGGCGAGGCAAGUAGAGAGCACACCCAAGCCUUUUCACUGCCAGUGAAUGGAAAAGAUGGUGUACCUCAAACUGCACAAACGGCAGAUAGCAUGCAGCCCCAAAUAGGCGUAACCCCCGCCACACCUCAGACUCCUGCUUACUCAACCGAGGCCCAAGUAGGGGUCAAAGGGGUCUCAAAAGAGCCCACGUUUUUCAUGGAAGCCCCUGUUGAGGAGGCAGAAGUGUAUGAAAGUGAAGAUGAUGAUGGUGAAGAUUGGGCUGGUCGUAGAAUGGUGGAGAAACACAUUGACCAGAAGGCGCCAAGCCUUGAUACUAGUGAUGACAAAAGGCGGACAGAAAUGUUAGAGAAGCGAAAAGCCCGGGUCUCGGCACAGAGCCUUGACCUUGAAGGUGCACCAGCAGGUGCGGGCUUCUCCAGCAGUGACAGUGUGGGGCCUGGUAGCACACAUUCUUCUGGCUGGUUACCACCUGUGCAUAAACAACAAUGGAAAGGGAGUCAGCAGAGCUUGAGGAGCCAUGGAUCCCGAAGAGCAUCUGGUAGCCAAGUAGAUGCAGAUGUAGGUUCAACAAAGGGCAGCAUUAUUUACGGACCUGAUGGUUCAGUAAUUAAAGUUGGAGAAUCGGUUAAACUGUCAGCGAGGGCUUCACAGCAGAGUUAUCAUGAUCCUCAUGAACAUUUACAGCCUGGUCUUAUAGAUGCAAGUGAUGAUUCAGAUGCUGAAGCCCCAGAUGCAUGGAAACUUCAAGGUCGCCGCACAGAGAUGAAGAAACCGUCAAAACGAGAGAUAGAUUUAUCCGCUGGUGAUAUAGAUGCAACACUAUCCAUUCAUAGCUGGAGCUAUGAGCCAAGAGAUAUACAUAGAUCUGAUAGUGUCCAUAGUUUACCUAAUUUUCCACAUGCCAGAGACGGCGCUGAAACAUUUGACCUUGACACUGAGAGGGAGGUCUGGGAGGGAUUAAAACAUUCAAGUUUUGUAGGAAGAAAAUCUGCUGCAGAUGAUGGUCCAAAAUCAGACCGAGCCAGGAGUGUUAGAGGGCAGUCACCAGAGCGAUCCAAAUCAGAGUUAAAAUUCUCUCCUAGGACACCAGUGUUUCAAAGGUCACAGAGUUCACCUGUGUCUGACAGGUCUGAUAUCAGUGGUAAAAGUAGGUCAAGGCCAAACUCAGAGGUCUUCAAGUCUUACCGACCUUUACAAAGUCAGCUUACUCAUUUAGAAGGUGAGACUCAAGUCAUUAGAGAGCAGACAGAAGUUUCACAUUUCACUGAUAAAGAAAAGUCCAGUUUAAGCAAACUGUCUGAAAAAGCAGAUGUUGAAGUUACUGAUUUAAAACCAGAACCAACACUUUCAGACCAUAUAGAAGAAGAAGCACAUAUUGAGACAGAAGACUCUGUUGAAGUUCAGAAGCCAGAAGAAUUAGAAGAAGAGGUGACCCUUGAAAAGGAAAAUGAAGAACCUGUUAAAAUACCAGUAGAAGAACCAGUUGAAGAGCCUGUUGAAGAGGUAGAAGAACAAGAAGAAGUGCUGGAGAAAUCAGAGGAAGAGAUUGCUUUAACAGAAGAAGUUCAUGAGGAACUUGAAUCGAAAGUCGACGAGAAAUCUUUUGAACAAAAAUCAGGGGAGCUCACUCCAAAAUCCCAGAAAACUCCCUCUCAGUCUGCGUCUGUGAUAAGUGGGGAAGAUGUCAAAGAAUCACCAAGGUCAAAGGUCACUGAACAGGAAAUCAUUGACAAGCUCACGUCACAUGCCACACAUAUCGCGGAAAGCGUUCUCAGUCAUAGCGAAAGUGGCCAACUUCUUGAGGAGGAUAUACGGCGAGCAGCAGCCCUCUGGAUGGAUACUCACCCACCGCGGGACAUUUCCAGAAGUCAGUCUGUACAAGAUCUACAAGAUGCAACUGUGAUACAAGAGGUGAUGAAGGUACAGAAAAGGAACAGUGCCGGUCCAACAGUAGCCGAGUACAGGGAUCAGAUUAGAGGAAACCUGAUGACAGCUCUCGCCAAGGCAACAGGUUUGAAACAGUCAGACAUUCCACAAGAUGCUGAAAUAGAUCCAGAAUUGCUGGAACAGUUGGCCAAUAACACACUCGCUCCCGACGAUAUUGAAAUAGUACGAGAUGACGAAACUGGGCGGAGCUUUAUCCGGUCGCGUAAUCGUGUUAUAUCAGAGGCUAUGGGAGGCGUUGAGAAAGGUCAUAUUUAUCAACCUGGAGGCAAAAAAACGGUUCAGUGGUUAAACGUACCUACCUCGGAAGACUACACGCAAUGGUCAAGGAAUGAUGGUGAAGCAGGAAAAAGAGUAUCAAUUCCUUCAGAAAGAAAGCCAGCAGAGAUAGGAGAGUUAGACAUCAUCAAUUAUCAGGGUCAAGAUAGUGAAAAGGACUCCUCUAAAGGAUCAAAGGCAGGGUCAGAGGUUGGCUCAAAGAAACUUAGCUCAGGGAAACCUAAAUCAGUGUCUCAAGAUGAAGAUGGUAAAUCGAGCAAGGCUGGUAAAGAUUCUCAUGACCAAGAUGAACUUCAGAAAGCACUUGCUGACCUUGAACAGGUAACCAUUCUAUAUCGGACAUGUUGA